CAAGGUAAGGUACCUGUUGACCGCUGGGAAGGGCUGUAGCCAGACAUCUGCCUGAACAGUUACUGGGGAAUCCAACAGCGUAGGGCUCUUGGCUGAACACCAGCCACUAUGGGGAACACAGUAACCAGAGAAGAGGAACCUUCAGAUCAAGAGAUCGUUCACCGAAUGUCAUACUCAGAGAUUUCGUCUGAACCAUCUGACAAUAUUAAGAACGGACCUGUUGCGAUCGAGGCUGCACAGCUUUCUGCUUCAAAGGGUGAAACAGUGGAUGCAAGAGUGAAUGGCAUCCAGGAUAAUGUGGCUGUUUCUUCCCCAAAGACAAUGGAGAUAAGCUCCAUCUCCGAGGCCAAUGGAAAUAAUCUUGGGAAGGAAGCCAAGACGGCCCCGCCAGCUGCCAAAUCUCGUUUUGUCUUUGCAUUUUCACGGCCCGUACCAGGACGUACUGAAGAGCCAGCGACAAAUUCAGCAGUUGCGUCGGCUCAACUGGAUGUCAGUUCAGAGGCACCCCCAGCGAAAGCAACGAGUGAGACCCUGGAUCUUCCUGCUGCAGCUGUGCCUGAGGAAGCCUCGGAUAAAAACCUAAGGGAAGCAUCUCUCACUGAAAUCGAACUCUCUGAACCAGCCACAUCGGAGGCAGAGGAUGCCACUUCGUCCAAGCCCAAAGAAUUAACCUUUUUCGACAGACUCUUCAAAUUGGACAAGGGGAAAGACAAGAACCAAGCGCAAGUCCAAAGCCAAGGGGAAGUAAAGGCAGAAAAUCCUGCCACGUCCAUCACAGUAGAAGAAACUUCAGGAUUACAAAGCACGCCAGAGAAUGCCCUGCUGGGAAAGGACAUAGCGUGUGAAGAAAACCCUGUGCAGCAGGAGUCUCUGGGAGUCGAUUGCUUGGCCUCUGAGGAUAUUGCCCAAGAAGAGGUAAAACCAGAGAACGUGAAAACAGCGUCCGGAACAGACUAUAACAGCGUCAUGAGUUUCUUUAAAACCCUGGUUUCUCCAAGUAAAGCGGAUUCCAAGAGUGAUACAGAGGACAAGGCAACUCAAGCAGGCAAGACCCACGGAGGACAGCUUGCUGAGAAGACGAUGGCUGAUUCCCACGCAAAAGGCACCAAGAAAAAGAAACCAGACAGCCCCAGAUUAGGACACAGUACAUUUAGCAAACUGUUUAGGCAUAAGUCAAAGAAAGAUGCCCAGCAAACAGCUAAUAUCCAAAGUACUGAGCAGCCCGUAGCCAUUGAUAAUGUGAAAUCAGAAGCAAACAUCCCUCCAGCGCAAGAGAUUCCGGCAAUAAAGCAGAAUAUAAAAGCCCCUGAACCUCCAGCCCAACAGCAAGCGCCACCAGCACCAGCCGUCAUCAUCACCAAUGAAAUUCCAAAAGAGGUGACAAAGGAGAGAUCUGCUUCCACCCCCACACCUCUAAGUAAAUUCUUUUGGAAAAAGACUCCGACAGAUGACAUAGAGGUGAUAAACACAGAGAGAAUGGAAGCCGCCCCCGAAGCCCCUGCAAAAACUGAAAGCAGAAGCCUGGAAGCAGCAGAAACAAGAUCCAAAGGAGAGGAAAAGCCUUCCAAAACAAACCUGAGGAAAUUCUUUAAGUUGUCAGCCAGAGAUGAUGCAGGGAUAACCCCUUCAGAAGAGGUAAAUGUCCCAACGCCUAACCAGCAAACCCUGGACUUCCCAGACAGGCCCUUUACCCAGGCCGAGAGUCGAGAAUCCGCAGGCGCUCGGAGUAAAGAGAGCUCAACAGAGACGCUGAACAAGGAGAAAGGAAGCAAACAGGAAGCCAAAGAGCCGCAAGAACCCUCGGAGCAAGAAGGCGCGGAGACGGACUCCCUUCAGAAUGGAAGGGACGCCACGAAGGAAAACGUUCCCAAGAGGACAGAGAAGAAACAGUCGUUCGGAGGGUUUUUUAAGGGCCUUAGCCCCAAAAGGAUGUCUGAUGCUGAAGUGCAAACGGAUCCCGUGUCUUUUGUGCCAGCACCUGCAAAACCCAAGUAAUGAAUCCUCUAAAGCUCCCGAAGAAUCACUUGGACCUGAUAACUUCUAACCCUGCAGUUAAAAAAAAUCGACUUCCUGGUUUGGUUGAUAUCUCCCCUCCACCCCGCUUUUGGACGCCUGCUGCCAAAUGAAUGCUAAGCCUCAGGGUCAAAACGGGCGUGCGUUUUGAAACCAUCCUAUGUGGAAUGUUUUCAUUCAAAAGCUAGUAUAUCACAAAAGAUAAAUUAGAAACAAUGAGCAUGCUGUAAGAAUGAAUGAAGGAUGGGGGAGGGGUAGAUUAAUGAAAAAGUGAGGACUGUGAGAGCAGCUUGAAAGGGGACCACUGGAUCCAUCCCCCGAUUGCACAACCCUCCCCUUUGUUAAAAAAAAAGUCAAUUUUUUUAGCAACAGGCUUCUAUCCCCACAUGUAGCUCGGGCUUACUCCCCAAAAAUCCCCACUCCCUGUUCCUGUGUGGCCACAGUUGAAUGGUUUGCUUGCCAGAUCUCUAGAAUCCUGGGAAUAAAUGACCUGACCCUUUUAUGCCCACCCAAUUUGCACAUUCAUAAUCUGUGUAUUCAUUGGUAAUGUACGUACUAUGCAAGUUACGUCUCCACAGUUUGUGGGGCUGAGAUAUUUCAGUCUCAGCUGUGCCUUAACUUUUUUUUUCUUUCCAAAUUUUCAUACAAAGUCCAUUGCUUUUCUGGUUAUUAAUAACCUUUGAAAUGCAUGAAACCUUUUAAAUCAAGAUUCAUGAUAGGAUUGCCAACCUCCAGGCGGGGCCUGGAGAUUUCCCAGAAUUAUAACUGAUCUCCAGGCUACAGCGAUCAGUUCUAGAGAAAAAAGCUUCUUUGAAGGGCGGGCUCUAUGGCUUUAUACCUCACUGAGGUCCCUCCCUUCCCCAUACCCUGCUUUCUCUAGGAUCCAUCCCCCCAAAUUGCCAAACAUUUCCCUACCUGGAGUUGGCAACUGAACUCAUGAAUUUAGGAUCACAACGAGAAUGCAAUAGGAGCAAUCAAGAAGCACAGGUUCUUUCCUUGCCAAGGGCAAGAAGGCAGCAUAGACUGAGGGAGGAGCUCUAUCUAGGAAAGGAUGCUAAAAGCACAAUGUUUACAAUGGUCGGCAAAACUGUGGACUAAAGAUCCAGUUCUUCCUGCCACUGACCACAUGAAACUGCUUUGUACUGUGUCAGGCACUGAUCAGUGUAACCCAGGACUAUUUUUUCUCAGAGCAGCAGCUCUAAGGUCUCCAUCAGAGAGCUUUCCUGCCUUGUUAUCUGAGAUCCCUUCACUGAAGAGGCAAGCGAUCCAGGCAUUUUGCUUCCAAAGCUUCUCUGACACACGAGCCUGUUUAUUUUCUGUGGCUGAUCUAGGAAUGACACUUUGGUCAUGAAUAUGUAGGAGUAUGGAACAAGUAGUCCAGCAAGCUACAGCCUCAUUUGGGAAGGAAACAGUUUUCUCACAUAUGAGCAGACUUAACACUUAGCUGUAGGUAUAAUUGCCUUAACUCACACGCUGACUGUGAGAGCCAGUGUGGCGUAGUGGUUAGAGUGUUGGACUAGCAUCUCAAAGUUCCAGGUUCAAAUCCCCACUCUACCAUGAAAGUUUGCUGGGUGACCCUGGGUCAAUCACACAUUUCCAGCCUAACCUACUUCACAGGGUUGUUGUAGGAUAAAAUGGAGGAGAGGAGAACAAUGUGAACUGCUUUGGAUCCCCAUUCGUGAGAAAGGCAAGGUAUAAAUAAAAUAAUAAGCAAACACACACGUGGUGAAAUGAUUCAGGCUUGCCAAACAAAGUUCUGUCACAGGGAAGCAACAUGGUUGUUGUUGUCUGGACAUCUAAAAGCAAAGCAAACAGGACUAUAUCCAAGCUGCACACCCUGCCCCAAGCUUAUCCUUGGCCUGCAUAAACAAUAGCUUGCAAACUCAGUUCAAACCGUGGCUUCAAUCCGAUAGAGAUUUCAGAAAAUGGAUUAGAUUUCUAUCUACGGAGUGGGACUUGCAUGCAUUUCCCCUCCCCCUGCAGCACCAAAUGCUCAGGAACAUCUUUGAGGGAGAAGUCAGAGGUCUGAGGGGGGGGGCGGGCGGUCAGUGAAAAUCAUUCCUUCCAUGUGUGGAAAUCUUCUGCAGGGUCCAAUCCUAUGACUUCCCAUCCUUACCAUGGUUUAAGUAGUCAGAUGCAGCCCUUCAAUGAGAGACAGAGAGAGAGUUAAGUGUUGUAGCUGCACAGGGCCAAUGUGGGAGGAAGAUGGAACUGCAUUAAACUUUCGAGUUCUAAGACUAUUCCAAGGUAAGAAAGGGGACCGAUUGUUAAAAUUGUUAACCAGUAUAGUUAAAUGCAUGUGAUAGGAAGGAUUUGGUUUGGGUGGCCAAAUUAUGCAAGGAAGACGAGAACAAUUGCGAAUAUUUAAAGAAGCCAUCAGAACCAGCUUUUGAGAAACUAUACAGUGAAAAGUGUUUUUUUUUAAAGUUGGUUAUGUUUAAAAGGACCAUAAUCAUAGCAUCAUCAGCUUUUAAGGUAUGCUUCAAUUUGGUUCUCAAGCUAUUAAUAUUAAUUAAAGGCUGAAAUGUACAACAUUUAUAAUGAAUUCUCAUCUGUUUCUUCCAUGAUGUAGUAAAACGGGAGAAAUUAACUUAGGGGGAGUAAUUAAAGUAUUAACGAGAAAGCAACACAAGGGGGCAGACCUGAUCUCCUUUUUCUUAUUAAUUCAGAGGAUGUAUUUACUUUUGUAUUACUAAUUUUUUUUUUCUAUCUUCAGGGGAGGGAACAGUUUUACAGACAGUUUUCUUAAUUUAUGUCUGUGAUUAAAGCUACUUUCUUUUUUUAAAAAAAUCCACCAAAUCCUAAGAUUGAAAACAAGUGUACCAGCUUUAUGAAGAUCCUGUGACGUGCAAGUUUAAUAAUAUUGUUAGUAAAUCCAGAUACCUGCAUUAUUGUAAAAGGAGGAAGAAUGACUAAUGCUAUAAUUCAAAGCUAGCAUCUGAACUCUAGAUAAUUGUAUAUUUUGAUUUCCUUCUGAUUCAAUAAACAUUCUGUAAGAAAACUCA